GCGCGUCCCCGUUUGAUGACAGCUGUGCGCUGUGGCUGUUGCUAAAGGGAGGAGAAAAUCUCACGACGGAGGACUUUUUUUUAUCUCUUUCAUUCGCAGUUAGGACCUUUGGAGGACUGAAACGAGAACUAGACUGUAAAACCGACCUGUACCAGUCGCGACUGAAUUUAAUACUUCACACCCAGCCGUCAAAUUAGUCGCGCCGUGGCUGAGCUGAACGAUGGUGAAGCCAGACAUUCACACUCUGGCCCACCACCUGAAGCAGGAACGUCUGUAUGUGGCAUCAGAGAAGCAGCUCAUCCAGCGGCUCAACAACGAAGUGCUAAAGACGGCAGAGAGGCUCUACCGUGCAGCCUGGAUCGCCAAACAACAAAGGAUCAACCUCGACCGCCUCAUCCUAACCAGUGUGGAGGCCUCUCCUGCGGAAUGCUGCCAGCAUGCCAAGUUUCUGGAAGAUACACAGUUUGUGGAUGGUUAUAAGACACUAGGUUUUCAGGAGAGCAUCUACGGGGAGUUCUUGGGCCGGUUGAGGGAGAACCCGCGAUUGGUGGCAUCCUGUUUGGUGGCAGGAGAGAGACUCAAUCAUGAGCACACGCAGGGGGUCAUACACACAGUCUUCACCUCACUCUAUGGCAACUGCAUCAUGCAAGAGGAUGAAAGCUACCUGUUGCAGGUGCUGCGUUAUUUGGUGGAAUUUGAACUAAAGGAGAGUGACAACCCUCGUCGCCUGUUACGGCGAGGCACGUGUGCCUUCAGCAUCCUCUUCAAACUCUUCUCCGAGGGCCUGUAUUCAGCUAAGCUUUUCCUCACUGCAACCCUCCACGAGCCCAUCAUGCAACUGCUGGUUGAGGAUGAGGACCAUCUAGAGACAGAUCCAGCCAAACUCAUAGAGCGCUUUACCCCAGCCCAGCAGGAGCGCCUGUUUGGGGAGAAAGGCACAGAUGAGUACCGCAGAAAAGUUCAAGCGGGGGUGGAGGCCAAUGAGGCCAAGCUCGUGGCCCUGGUCAACACCUUUAUUGGCUACCUGAAGCAGAACACCUAUUGCUUCCCACAGAGUCUGCGUUGGAUUGUGUCUCAGAUGUAUAAGACGCUGGCACGGGUGGAGAGGUUAGAGGUCGGGGAGGUGAGGACGAUGUGCACCGACUUGCUGCUCACCUGCUUCAUCUGUCCAGCCAUUGUCAACCCUGAACAGUACGGCAUCAUCUCAGAUGCACCCAUCAAUGAGGUGGCUCGUUUCAACCUCAUGCAGGUGGGGCAGUUAUUGCAACAGUUAGCCAUGUCUGAUGCAGAUGAUGGAGAUCCUCGACGCAAAAGCAGUUUAUCAAAGUUUGAUAAGACGUGUGUCUCUGCCUUUUUGGAUGUCGUCAUCGGUGGAAGAGCUGUCGAGACUCCACCCAUGUCGACAAUGAAUUUACUUGAGGGCCUCACGCGGACGGUGGUUUACAUGACUCAUAAUCAGCUUUUAGCUCUGGUGGACUUUGUGCGUAGUGUCACUGCAGGCGAUCAGCUCAGAGAAGAAGACCACCUGGCUCUGGAAACCCUACUAGCCAAUGUACCUCAGUCCCGCACGACAAAGAGCAAUAGCCUGGAGCUCACGCCCUCUAACACGCCCCAGCUCUCCCCAGCUACCACACCCGCCAACAAGAAGAACAGACUCCCUAUUGGACAACAGUUGGCAGCCAUAACGUGUUGGGAGCCUUCUGCCACUGCCCUGUCCGCUCAUAUACCCUUAGUAACCCCGUUUGCAGGCUCUCGCAGCCGAAGCCGAUCCAACAUGGCCCAGGAGGGUGAGAUUGAAGCUAGCUCCCAAGAGUCUCUGCAGGAGGUCACGCCCGAGGAAGUGCUAGUCAUCUCGUUCGGAACCUCACCACAGACCGUACCUGGGAUGAUGUCAGAAAACGAGGUUCUGACUCUGAAUCUUGGAGAUGGUGGACAUGGAGAUGCCCCUGUCGACGACAAUAAACUGCACGGCAAGCCUGAUAAAACGCUGCGAUUCUCACUUUGCAGUGACAACCUGGAGGGCAUUUCUGAGGGCCCGUCUAACCGCUCCAAUUCAGUUUCUUCUUUGGACUUGGAGGUGGAGUCUGUGUCAGAAGGUGGACCAGGUCCAUCUGGUAGUAAUGGUGCAGAGGCUUUGCAGCUACUGGAACAUGAACAAGCCACUACACAGGAUAAUUUGGACGAUAAACUGCGUAAGUUUGAGAUUAGGGACAUGAUGGGCCUGACAGAUGAUCGAGACAUUUCUGAGACGGUCAGUGAGACUUGGAGCACUGACGUCCUGGGCAGUGACUUCGAUCCCAACAUGGAUGAGGACCGACUGCAGGAGAUAGCAGGGGCGGCGGAGAAUGCGUUGGGCGGCAUGCUGUGUUUGCCAGUGCUUCUGGACCCGUACGGUUCUACCAUCUCUGAGACAACGAGUGAGGCGUGGAGCGUUGAGGUUCUGCCAAGUGACUCAGAAGCUGCAGACCUGAAGCAGGAGGAACGCUUGCAGGAGCUGGAGAGCUGCUCGGGUGUGGGUAGCACUUCAGAUGAUACCGAGGUCAGAGAGGUCAGCUCUCGACCCAGCACCCCGGGACUCAGCGUUGUUGUCAGUGCCACGUCAGAGGACAUCCCCAAUAAGAUUGAAGACCUACGCUCAGAGUGCAGCUCAGAUUUUGGAGGCAAAGACUCCGUGACCAGUCCAGAUGGAGAGGACUCUGCUCAUGGAGCUCACAGUCUAUCCUGUGCACCCUCUCAAACAGAUUCACUGCUGGCCAUGUUUGAUCCCCUCUCCUCUGGAGAAGGUUCAUGCACUGGCACCAUCGUGCGGCCCAAGGUGCACUAUCCCCGACCCCCUCACCCUCCCCCUGACCCACCCAUUCCAGAGGCCAGCAUAAUGAGCCACCAGGAGCCUCGCCCGCCCCUCUUCGCCCCCCACCUGGCACAGGGUGACCUGGAGCAUCCCAAGCAGAGGCACUCUUACCCUGAAAGGCUGGUGAGAAGCCGCAGCACAGAUGUGGUGUCCGCUGGACGCAGACCCAACAGUGAUCCCGGACUGAACCGCAGGACCAUGUUGGAGGAGAGGGAACCGGCUGGGGCCUUCUCCACAGGGCCCACCUCUUCUCCCAGCAAGGAUUCCCUCAAAGGAGAGUCUGAGGACAGAAAGGACAGUGAUGAUGAGAAGUCUGACAGGAACAGACCCUGGUGGAAGAAGCGCUUUGUUCCUGCCAUUCCUAAAGUGCUCUAUUGGACUGCAGAGGGUGAACUCCCAGUGCCGAUCGCGGGGCUCCGGAAGCGGGAUAAGCCAGAAAAAGAUGAGCAAGGAGCAGAGAGGGUCCCGCAAGAUGAGCCUUCAAUGCUCAGACAGAGCUCUAAGACCCAGUCAGCAGAGGCAAUAAUGGACAAAUACAUCAGGUACAUGGAGAAACGACCCGCCCCCAGUGAUGGAGCAGUUGCUGGAACCUAUAUUGGACAAGAGCCUUGUAGAGAAGGAGACAGUGAGCAUGACUCUCCUAAAGAUGAAGUUCUGCAGAACAUCUCUGCAGAUGACCUUCCAGACUCUGCCAGUCAGACCGCACCACCUCAGGACAAGACGUUCUCCUUCAGUGAUAUUAAGAAAAAGCUACGCAUGGCGCUGUGCUCUGCAGAUUCGGUUGUAUUUCCCAUCAUUCCACCUGCUACAACACGUAAUGGCCUCCCGGACCAUGCAGAUCCCGAAGACAACGAGAUCGUGUGCUUUCUGAAGGUGCAGCUGGCGGAGGCCAUUAACCUGCAGGAUAAGAACCAGAUGGCUCAGAUCCAGGAGACUACGCGCUGCGUCAGCCACCUCGACCCCCGCACCUGCAGAAAACUGCUCACUGCCAUGGCAGAGGACUACAGGAAGCGGGCUCCGUACAUCGCCUAUCUGACGCGGUGUCGGCAAGGCCUGCAGACGUCUCAGGCUCAUCUGGAGCGACUCCUGCAGAGAGUGUUGAGAGAUAAAGAAGUGGCCAACCGCUACUUUACCACCGUCUGUGUCCGACUGCUGCUGGAACACAUGGAGUCUAAGAUGCUUGACUUCAUCAAAGCAUUUCAGGGCUGCACAGCAGCUGACGAUAAGACAGCAGCCGUGGAGGAUUUCCUGCGUUACCUGUAUGGAGCCAUGGCCCAUGAUGCCAUCUGGCAGUAUGCCAGUGAGGAGCAGCUCCAGGAUGCCCAGAUGGCCAUCGAACGCAGCGUCAUGAACCGCAUCUUCAAACUGGCAUUCUACCCCAAUCAGGAUGGGGACAUCCACAGAGACGAGCUAUUCCACGAGCACAUUCAGCGUCUUUCUAAAGUGGUGACGGCCAAUCACAAAGCUCUGCAGAUCCCGGAGGUGUAUCUGAAAGAAGCACCGUGGCCCUCAGCACAAGCUGAGAUCAGGACCAUCAAUGCCUAUAAGACCCCACGAGAUAAGGUGCAGUGUAUCCUGCGCAUGUGCUCCACCAUUAUGAACCUGCUCAGCCUGGCCAAUGAGGACGCUGUACCCGGGGCGGACGACUUUGUCCCUGUGCUUGUCUUUGUCCUGAUUAAGGCAAACCCACCCUGCCUUCUGUCCACCAUUCAGUACAUCAAUAAUUUCUACGCCAGCAGGCUGAGCGGGGAGGAGUGCUAUUGGUGGAUGCAGUUCACUGCCGCCGUGGAAUUCAUUAAAACCAUCGACGAUCGCAAGUGAAGCAGAACAGCCACCUGUAUGGGCAGACUGUAGGAGAGAGAGAGAGAGAGAGAGAGGACAGCGCGGACGACUACUCUCCCCUUCAUCACAACGAGGCAUCGCCUCAGUCUGUAUAGCUGUACAUAAUAAAAUAAAAAAGUUUAAAAGCGAUCAAAAAUUAGAUAUGAUCAUGACAGGUUUUACUACGGUGGGGUAUUGAAUGAAUGAAAUCAAAUAAUGCGGCCGGUGGCGACAUUGCCGCUCUCUCUACUGAUCUCGCUUAUAACCCACGUCUUUUUCUGUAGUAUUGGGGAGGUGCUGGGGCUUAGAAUCAAAUUUUAUAUUAAACAGAUUUAGCAAGUAAUUAGUUGUUAAAACAUACCUAUCAAAUGAAAAAGGGACCAGGAACUACCUGCAAACGUUCAUGUGUCGGGACGCUUCAGAGGGGAACCCAUGAUUCUGUUCUUCUCGUAUAAACCGUGCAAUCUCACCCCAUUCAUAGCUAACAGUCACACGCAGAGUCAUAUCAUAAAACGCAUCACUAUAGAUGCUGCCAGUGUAUCAAUGUUACAGUUUAUCAAAUUAAUCAUGCCAUUAUUUUAAUAGGGCAGCUUGUUCUAUGAAUGUAAGCAGGUGUUGUCAUUAUUGUACAUUCAUUCUUUACUACGUUUCCCAGACGAUUUGGAAAAAAGGGCCCACAUAUUUAUAUAAAAUAAAAUGUAUUUAUUACUUAACUCCUGUAUUUAAUGUUUUAUUAUAUUUACUGACUUGUUCCAUGAAUUAGCUGUUGGACAGAUGCACACAGUUCGGUUGAGGAAGCAAGUUUGAGAAAAAUUAAGUCUCACAGAAGCUGCUAAAACAGGGUGUCUUCACAUUAGCGGAUAGAGUUGUAAAUUAGUGCCUUGCAGAUAUUUGCAGUACCACUUGUUCUUUUAGUUUUGGUGGGUUUUCUGCCACAUGUUUCUUGAAGUGAGGAAGUCGGAUCUGUCAAAGCCUGGCUAUUAAUAACCAACCUACAGUAAAAAGUACAACAUGCCAUAUAGAAACACCCCACCCCACAAUUGGACGUUCAGUAUGUGGAUGCUUAUUUGUGUUGAAUGACUGUUAGGUCUUACGAAAUGGUCUUACACAAAAGUUACUGCUGUUGUCCCCAGAAAAUCUUUUUAUUUAGUUUGAUACUGACCUUUACUUGUGUUUAAAUUCCAUGUAUUGUUUUCAGAGUUCUUACUUUUCUAGGAUUAAAAUCGUUGUUAUUUUUAUAAUGCAGUUCCCAAGUAAAACUAUGAGUUAGGAGGACUAUUUUUUGUGUAUUUUGUGGUGCACUUUUAGAAAAAGGCAAAAAAUUUUACCUUUAGGGCAAUAAUAGCUUGUCAUUGGGGCUGUAUUUACCCCUAAAAGAUUCAUAGUAGUAUCUUAAGGGCACAUAUUACUACUCCUAAUGUACUAAUACGCACCUUUUAGGGUUAGAUAAGGUACAAAUUGUCCCUCUUAUGGGAACUCCCCUUGUGACAAGCUGUUGUACACCUAAAGGUACAAUUUUUGCACUUUUUUUUCUGAUGGUGUUUUGUUUGAGUUUAGAUAGCGAAGAACAUUUUAACACUGUGGCAUCUUUAUCAGUGCUUGAGGACUAGUAUAUUGACGUUGUUGAGGAGAAUAUAUCUAUGCGAUUCAGGCUACCUCAUGUCAUAAUCCCGUAAAUUAGCACAUACAGUAUUCUUCAUAACAGUUUUGCUGUUGAUAUCGGCACAAUAUAUUAUUUAAACAGGAAUGUAGAAUAUCAUAAUCUACAGUACAUGUUAUUGCUAAAUUAUCUUUAUCACAUCAGAACUUCCCAAUAACCUUUGCACUUGCGUAGAACUAGGGCAAAAGAACUGUAGCCCUAACAUUUUGUGUGGUUGUCCAAGUUUUCCCUUUCAAAUCUGUCUUUUAUUGUUGCUCCUAAAGAUGUGUGAAUAUCCGAAAACAAACUCUGGUUGUUGAUUUUGGUCCUAAAUAUAGUAGAUGCACUUAGAACUAUUAGUUCUACCUCCAACUGUGUACAUAAAGGGAUUAAUAAAAUAUUGUAAUGCA